CUAACAUAGUGACACUGGCUGGGGAGAAAUAAAACCGACACUCGGUCAAGUGCCCGGCAUCUGCGACCUUCCAUAGUUGCCUGCUACUCCAAAGCCUCAGUUCAACGCCGUUUUUGCAGUACAUUGAUGUUCCUUCCAACAGGUCAGUGGGAUGACCGUGGGUCAGACCGUGGUUCAGCUACGUUCACAAGUGGCAAAUAUUAUGUCGAUGACAGAUCUUGGAACCUCACAGCACAUGGACCCAGUUUUGCACGAUACCUCAGGCUUGCAAACAGCCGUCGCACAGAAGGGCAAAACGAUCCAGUCCGUUAAUUUGCACAAAGAACUGAGGCCGGCUCUCUGGCACUUAGACUUGCCAACUGAAGUCCUAUCCCAUAUUUUUCGCUACUGUCUACCGCCAUUUGUCAAGGAGGAGUUACUGCCUUCCCGGUCGAAUAUUCUGAUUACGACUCAUCGAGACGGCCCAUUUUAUGAUUCAUUGCGCCCAUCAAAUCUAGAAGCUCCCCUGCUGUUGACCAAAAUAUGCCGACGGUGGAGAGAGGUUGCCAUGGACAUGCCCGAUUUAUGGUGCAGGCUGUUUGUGGAAGUCGGUUGGGGAAGCUGGGAGCGAGCUCUUUGCUAUGACUCAUGGCUCAAGUGUUCCCGAGGACGUCCGCUCUCGUUGACAUUCCAGUGGCCCAACUUCGCAAUUGACUGGGCUAAGUUACGGAACCUUCUUCAGCCUUACUUCAAUCAUGUCUCAUCUCUCUCUGUCAAUGUUUCAUUCGGCCCCAACACACCUACACUCAUGUUCACAGACUUCCUGACACUCGAGGAACUGUCCCUUUCUGUGCAUCAUGCGCGUGAGGAUCCUAUACCAGCCAUCGCACGCUCUAUCUCACAACUCCCUUGCACGCUGCACAGUCUCAGUUUAAUAGGGAUGACGUUCAGGCAUUCGCAUUUCGCCUCCUUCAAUCUCAUAUGGGCCCACCUAACGAAUGUCGCGAUCGAUACUAUGCGUUACCCGGCCGAUGUUCUCCACUUGCUCCAGAUCGCUCCCAAUCUCUCCUCGUUAACAACUUGCGCGCACUUCGACACCUUUCAGGCGUUGGAGCCAUGCACGCACAUUAAACUUCAAUUCUUACAUUUCACUAUUGGUUUGACACACUCGCAAGGAUCCAGCCUGCUCUAUGCUCUCUCGCUCCCCAAUUUACGCACCCUUAAUGUUCGCAGAGUACCACAGUGGCCGCAUGAGGAGUUCAAGGCAUUCCUGGCACGAUCAAUGUGUCCACUAGAGAGCCUGAUUGUCUCCGAACGUUUUAGGGGAAGGAAGUCGCUAAAGGACCAGUUGGCAGAAACAGAUGAGCAGCGACUGGAAUAUGUUACUCUUGUUCCGUCCCUUAAGUAUGUAGUGCGAGAACCGAGCUAGUAAUUGUCCUGAUACUUUGCACUUAGAGCCUGUUCAGUAACUGUCAUUUGAAAUUGCUAAUAACAACGAUUUUGGUGUGGCCCAA